UAUGAUGCUUUUGUUUUGCGGAGGUAUGCACAUCGGUUGGAGCAUAAUGCAUCUGUACAUGAGCGGCAACAGAUGGGCCGUAGGCAUUUCAGUGGACGAGUUUCGGUUCGCAAUCCUUUCCUUCUUUACCGGCUGUGGAUUCAUCAUACUGAUCGUAGCAGCCACGAAAACGCUGCUCCCGACACGCGUGUGGAUAAUGAUGUCGGCAUUCUUUUUCAUGAUCAAUGGCGUCUUUUUCGUCGCCAUGCCUACGUACUAUGCAGCAACAGUGGCUACUAGGAUAGUUGCGGGCUUUGGGCACGGAAUCUGUCACGUCGUUUCGAUCAUUUACGUUGGCGAGAUUGCAUCCCGUAACCAUCGUGGGAAAUUGGUUGCCAUACUUGUGUCUUCCAUCAUCGGUGGCAUUGCGCUGUUUACCGUCCUUUCCAUGGUAACGACCAAUCCAAUCUUCAUCGUGGAACCAAACAUGCAUGCAAACCGUGCCGUCGGUAUCGUGAUUCUGUCGCUCAGCACCUUCGCCCUGCUUAUGGCUUGGUUCCUGGUGAUUGAAUCUCCCCUCCAUACGCUCACGACAUCCGGCAACGAAUCGCUCGCCCGUGCCAACUUGAUCAAGCUGCGCGGACUGUCGAUGGAAUCGCCCUCCGUGAUGGACGAGUUUGAGGACAUGAAAACGCUCGCCUCGGAAAGCGAAAGUCUUUCGCCGUUCUUCCUUAGCCAGGGCAACUUUCCACCGUUCCAGCUGGUGCUGCUGGUAAAGCUGGCCAAUCUGCUGUUUUUCAACUACUCCAUGAACACGGCCAAGAUGUCACUAAUGUCGCUCAUGUUUACGCUGACGGUAUUUUCGCACAACUGGGCGCCUUCACUGCUGAUGCUGAGCAAAUUUGCUGGCUCGCUACUAGCAAUCCUGAUCAUCGAUCUCUUGCCGCGCCGAUUCAUGUACGGUAUUUCAUCCACAUUUACCGGAACGUUCAUGCUUGCACUCGGUAUCAUAUUGGCCACGUACGAUGUCGUUGAAACCUGGAUACCACCCUUCCUCUACCUGGUGGCCGAAGUGUUCAAUACGUUUGGCAUGCUGCCCGUGUCGGAAAUUAUGCUCUCGGAAGCAUUCCCACCUAAGAAGCGGGCCCUGUCCGUUUCGUCCAUCCUUAUUUGCGAGUACGUCGGUCACAUGGUGGUGUACAUCAUCUACUUCAAUGUGCCAAGCACGUUGACGAACACGUACAUCAAGACGCUCGUGUUUUCGGGAGUGAUUUUGCUCAAGUGUCUCAUCGCGGUCCUGACGAUACCGGACACAAGAAACAAAUACCCGCGGGAGGCUGUUCAUAUGUACAUGCAUAAGAAAAAAUAA